CCCACUUCUCGAUGCUCCUGGAUUUAGGGUUUUGUGAGAUUCCGUGUUUGAUGAGGGUUUCUAGUGUUUCGUCGUUUUGGUUGUUGUGGUUGGUUAUCCGCAGUAGCAACGCGAUCCAUCAUCUGGCAAGCGAGGAACAUCUGAGGAACGUGAGGGAUUUCCUGCAGAAGCAUGGGGGAGGGAUGGAUCGGGUUGAUUCGUUUAGGGUUUCGGAAGUGGAGCUGCUCAAGUGGGAGAAAGGCUGUGAAGCAUUAAAGAGUGCAGCUCAGACACUAAGUGAAGGACCAAUUGGACCAUCGCCGGGGCCAUCAAAGUCAAUAGAUAUCCAAAAUGAACUUACCUCUAACAAUAUGGAUACUUAUGCACAAAGUUAUAUCCAGUCAUUUAGUUCAAAUGUUUCUCAUUGUGUUAUGCCUUUACAAAGUCUUACCAAUGAGGAGUUUAGUGGAACUUCGAAUACUGGACAAGUUCCCUACUUUGCUCCUUUCACAGCUAGCGUACAGGAAUAUAGCAGUCUCCAGUAUACACAUGCUUCGCAAAGUUGGGCUGGAAGUUACCAAAGUAACCAACCUGCUAGUCUUUGCAAUAAUAAUGGUAAAGCAUCAUUUGGUUGGUCUGCAAGAAGAGGAAUGGAUCAAAGCAGUGAUUCUAGGGGUGACUUUAGUGCUGUUGUGAAAGGUUUGACUCCAAUAGCAUUGCCUUCUGAAGGCUUGAAAGAAAAUGUGCAUAGUGGUGCUUUGCCUCCCUGGUUAGAUGCAAGUGAAGAAAAUGAGAGAAACUUAGUGAAUGGAGUAACAUGCCUCAAGAGCUCUUCUUCAGCCUCUGCCCAGAAAGGGAAGCGGAAAUUGAACCCUAAACGUGUAGGAGCUGCAUGGGCAGAAAAAAGAAGAGCUGAAAUAGAAAGGGAGAAGAGAGGCGAAAUUGCUGCAAAUAUUUGUGAUGCUAAUUGGCUCCCAAAUUUUGGUCGAGUUUGGCAAUCUGGCACUAGAAGGGAAUCCAAAAGAGAGUUUGAGAAGGAGAAGCAUAAGCUCAAUGGGGACAAAAAUCACCCUGAAGUAGCAUCUGAAGUAUCAUUCAAGAUACAACCAUAUAUCAGCAAAAGAAUGCGUAUAGCUUCUGAUAAAGAUUGUGAGCUUAAUGACUAUUGUGAAGGAAAGACUACUGAUUCAUAAUAUCAGGAUGGACCUCCAUGAGUUACGGAGCUUUUGAGGCGAGAGGUCGGUAAACAACACGGAGGUUUCUCCUUCACGUUCAUGUUGGCGGUCGUGUUGCUCGGAAUCCUAAUGGGCUAUAUUUUGAAAUCUUUGUGAACACACAAUAAUAAUCUUUCCUAGCAUCUGUUUCCCGUCGGCGAUUCCGACAGGAAAAAGGGUAGAAAGAGAAAGACUAAAUGCCCCCUCAAUGCUUCAUGCUCUGUGUGUGUGUGUGUGUGUGUGUUGUAGAAUUAGAAACACACUAAUGAAAGAGUCCUCUCACACAUCCAUUCCUUUUUGCUUGUAAUUGAGUGCUUAUUGGAUUUAACUUUUAGAUGUAAGUUAAUGUUCUUCUUGUCAUGUUACAAGAGUGAGAAUAGUGGAUUUAAAAUCUCA